CACAACUUCCGUACGUACACUCUCUACACACACACAUAUAUAUACAUACAUAUAUAUAUAUACACGCCUGUUUGGUUGCAUUUCCUGUUUUAUCUUUUUCCCUUAUGAGAAGAGUGCCAUUUCUGGGAAUACCUCAUCGCCACUUACCUUACAGAACUCCCAGCGCUACUUUAUCCUUCCCCUUUCUCUACCGGUGGACUCCCAUGGCUUCCACCACCGCCGCCGCACGCCGGAGUAAGAAGAUCGUCGUUAUAAUGGGGCCGACCGGCUGCGGAAAAUCGAAGCUCUCAAUCGAUUUGGCUUCCAGGUUUUUUCGGGCCUCCGAAAUCAUCAAUUCCGAUAAAAUCCAAAUCUACCGCGGCCUCGACAUCACCACCAACAAAAUCACCUUCCCGGAGCGGCGGAGCGUCCCCCACUCGCUCCUCGGCGAGUUCGACCCGUCCGAGUCGCAUCCCGAGUUCACCCCCUCCGAUUUCCGGUCCGCCGCCGCGGCGGCGAUCUCGAGGAUUCACGCUCGCCGGAAUAUUCCGUUCGUCGUCGGAGGUUCGAAUUCGUUCGUUUACGCUCUGUUGGCGAAGACAUUCGACGCGGCGGUCGACGUCUUCGGCGACGGCGAGGCGGCGGAGGCGUUCUGUAAGGAGCUCCGGUACAAUUGCUGCUUCAUUUGGGUGGACGCCUCGCCGGCGGUGCUGAACCAGUACCUGGUGAAGAGAGUCGACGCCAUGGUUGAUUUGGGGAUGGUGGAGGAGCUGAGUGAGUACCUGGCGAGUGACGAGUCGGACUCAGUGAGUCAAUGCGGGUUGAGGAAGGCGAUCGGCGUGGCCGAGUUCGGGAGAUACUUCCAGAAGCUUCGGAACGGACCGGCGGAUGACGUGGCGAGGAGGGCGGCGUACGAUAGCGAAGUGCGGGCGAUCAAGGAUAACACGUGUCAGCUGGCGAAGAGGCAGCUGGGUAAGAUCCGACGGCUGCGGGACGCCGCGGGGUGGGACCUGAAGAGAGUGGACGCGACGGCGGCGCUGAGGGCGGCGAUGGGCGGAGCGGCGCGGCGGAGGACGGCGGAGAUUUGGGAAAAACAGGUGCUGGAGCCGAGCGUGAAGAUUGUGAAGCAGUUCUUGAUGGAGUGAGCGAGUAGGUUGCGACUUUGAAUUUAAUUUUCAUUUUUCAAUUUUCAUCCAAUUAAAUUUAAUUAAUUAAUUUCCAGCUAAUA